UCAACUCAUCCAGAGAUCUUCUCAAGAGAGUGCCCUCUGAGAGAUCAACAUAAAAAAUUGCCAUCAACCUUAACCAACAUGGGAAUUAUUCCCGUUCUAUCUCUCCUUUCUGCCUUGUUGGCAGUGAGCAUGACAUCAGAUGAGCCAGCUAUGGGUAUCCAGGCUGCGUGUGCACCUACUCGACGUCGGUGUGAUUCAGGAUGGACCCUCCUCGCUGGCCGCUGCUUCAGGUUUUUCAACAGCAGACGGACAUGGACGCUGGCUGAGGCUUACUGUGUCAGUCAGAGAGGACACCUGGCGUCCAUCCACAACAUUAACGAGGCCCGUUUGGUAGGAAGGUUGUCUGGGAACCGGAACUGGGCCUGGAUUGGGGGCGGUGGAGCCAUGAAGGGACACACCUGGUAUUGGAGCGAUGGAACACCUUUCGACUACACCAAUUGGAAAGAAUGGGAGCCAAACAACCACGGAGGAAAUGAACACUGCAUUAACACCAAUUUUGGCGGCGGUGGUAUCUGGAAUGAUCUCCCUUGCAACCAAGCCCGUCCUUUUGUGUGUGCCAAGUAAUACGAGAUCACACAUGGAGAUUAUGGAUGAUUCUUGAUUUAAAGCUUUCUUUUCUCUCUUCAUUCAAAACUAUAACAUAAAACAUGCAUCAAAGUGUUUUUAACUCACUGUUGGUGGAGACGUGAACAAACAUGAGUCAAUUGGGGAAAGCCAUCUUCAAAUGAGACAUCCCACCAUUAAUGGAAAUAAGCUCAUUUUCCACUUUGAGUUAUAUGAUUUCAUUUAAAGGUGCACCAUGUAAUAUUUUUAGUAGUUCAUUUCCAAAAUCCACGCUGUCCCUUCACAAAUGUUACCUUCUUAACAAAUACUUACCACCACCAUCAAAUUCUAAGUAUUCAAUAUGGCUGGGAAAUUGCACUUUUCCUACAUGAAAAGGGGGAUCUUCUCCAUGGCCCCCCAUUUUGAAUUUCCAGAAAUAGACAUUUUUAGCUGCAAAACAUACUUUACUUUAGUCAUACUAGUAAAUACUAGUUUAUUACUUUGUAAAUAUUCAUAACAAGAUCAAAUGUAGCAAUAGGCAGCACAAUUUCAAUGAGAGGCCGAGUUGCAAUACCAAUUCUGGCCACAAUCUGACACAGUGCACCUUUAACUCCAGGUCAUGCAGAAAUUUAAUUGUUUCCAGAGAUGGUACCAUUUCACUUUUAGAGACCAGGCCGUAACCCGUGAUGUCACCUGUGUAUCACUGCCACCUUAAAGUGCACCACACCACUGUGACUGCAGCCAGCCCAGAUCAACAGGUGCUGCUGUAACUACCAGACAACACUUCAUCCUUUCGCUUAAUCUUUGUCUGUCUCAUAACUAAUCAA